AUGCACUUCAAAAUCGCCCUCGCUUUUCUAAUAGGAUGCGCAGUCGCCGCAGAUCCUACUAAAAAUGAGUCUCGAGACUUAGCUGCGGAUAUUAUAGAAGCUCAAAAAGAGCUGUCGACAUUCAUCCAGGAAGCGCUGAAAUUUAGAUCGACUUAUCAGCUCAUCUUGAAUGCUGACAUUCUUCUCGAAGUCAACAACAACUUCUACCAAAUUUACUCUUUAAUGCAAACCUUAGGGGUGGACCAGGCAACCAUUGACGGAAUAAAAGCAAUUGCCGAGCAAGACAUAAACGUGAUGACUGUUGCAACAGACAACCUGGAGUCUGCCAAUCUGGACAUGAUCAAUGGCGCCUACGUCAUUAAUUCUAUUCUGAGAAACGGCACCCUCACGGACCUAAGAUCCAACUACGAUUUGUGGAUGGGAGAAGCGUAUCCACUGUUCCUUCAACGAUAUAGGCAGUACUUCAAUGCUCUUAGCGUCACUGGAAACGUCCUUGAGCUUGAAGUCGCUGCUGCUAUUAAUGGACUGGAAGGAUCUGAAGUUACUGCAAUUUAUGUUUACCUCCAGAAAACCAAUGACCGCAUCAACGCAGAUGCAGCGUUGAUGGAAAGAGAGGUUUACGUCUAUGAUUUUACUCUCAAUGAAGCAAGACUAGCAGUAGAAGUGGUUAUGUUUCAAGUUCCUCCGAGUUUGAGCAGCAUUUAAUUAAAAUUUUAACAAACAUA